UUUCUGGCUUCCUCUCUCUUGAUGCAGUUGUCUCCACGAACAGUUGAACUUUAGACACAUCUGUGAGAGGAAUUGUGCCGCUGGAAAGACUAGCGCAAACUGGAUUUUCAGUGACUGCAGAUUUGUCAUUUGCUUUAACAUGAGGGUUGCAUGUGUUUAUACUUGAAGACAACCUAGAGGAUAAUCGUCUGACUGCAUUAUUCUUUUUGUGAAUCUGUUCUCAUCACUUUUAUGUGCUCAAGUUUUGCCUUCAGUUUUAAAAGACUUAUGGCUCAAAGUCCUCCAGGCGUCAUAUCCUGCCAUUGUCAUCCCGUGGGCAGACAGGGGAGUGUGUGAGGAGCUCUUGAGCAGAGCCUGAGGAGGUUAGGUGUCACUCCAGGGCAUUUGUAAGCAAGGACCAUGUGUGCCGCCGUCCUGGAAGAGUACUGUGGAUCUGUCUUCUGGAACUCUUCAUAUUUGGAAAGAGAGGAUCCGGACCUGCCAGUAUGUGUGGAGCAGACGGUGCUGGUGUGGAUCCCAUUGGGCUUCCUAUGGCUCUGUGCCCCAUGGCACCUGCUGGCUUUCUGCAGGAGGACGAAGGACUCAAGAUACAUCUCCAAACUCUAUCUUUGCAAACAGCUUGUUGCAUCCCUGCUGUUCCUGACUGCCAUAGCAGGCCUGUCCAUCACUUUAGGAGAAGAUUAUGGUCAGAGCCAAGACACACCUAAACCUGCAAAGAACCCCACUGUGCACUAUACCAACCCCAUUAUUUAUGUUGCAUCAUGGGUGAUAAUGUUGCUGUGUCAAGAAGGCUUAAGACGGAGAAGAUCAAUAGAUUCCGCCACACUCUUCCUCUUCUGGUUCUUUGCAGUUCUGUGUGAUGUAUUUCACCUGCAGACAAUCAUACGAGAGGCGCUUAGGCAGGGAGAGAUUGCUGACCUCCCUCGAUUCUGCCUUUUCUGCAUCUCCUUUGGUCUGGAAGUAAUCGCACUCAUCCUCUCUGCUUUGGCGGACAUCUCUCCAGAAGUCAAAGAGGUUGUGAAAAAGAAUCCAGAGGCAGGUGCUCCAUUUUUGAACAGAAUCACAUUCAACUGGUUUAACAGUAUGGCGAUAAAAGGUUACAGACAACCCCUUGUUCAGGAGGACAUGUGGGCUCUAAAUGAGGAGGACACCACAGGUUACAUAAGCCAGCACUUCCAGCACUUUAUGAAGCUGGAGUUUGCUGCAGCGCGGCAUCGCUACCAGAAAAGGCUAGCCAAAAAACAAAACAAGAAAUCCCCUGAUGAAACAUUAGUGCAAAAUGGACUGUCCAGUGGACUGGGGAAAGGUGUGAGCAAGGACAUUUUAAUGAUGGAGGAUAGAGGUGCAAAAGAAGAGAAAAAAGGAAAGAAACACAAAAAAGAAAAGGAAGAGGAAAACUAUCCAACCUCAUGGCUAGUGCCUACCAUCUACAGGACAUUUAAAAGGGUUUUGCUUGAAUCGGCCUUCUUCAAACUUCUGCAGGACCUGCUCUCUUUUGUCAGUCCUCAGCUACUGAAGUGGAUGAUCUCUUUUACCCAGGACAAAAACAGUUAUGCGUGGGAAGGUUAUCUGUACGCGGUGUUGCUUCUAGUGGUGGCUCUCCUGCAGUCUCUCUUCCUGCAGCAAUACUUCCAGCGCUGCUUUGUGCUGGGGAUGAAGGUCCGGACGGCUAUCAUGGCUGCUGUGUACAAAAAGGCACUGGUGGUGUCCAAUGACACGCGCAAAGAGUCCACGGUCGGCGAAACGGUGAACCUGAUGUCUGCUGAUGCCCAGCGCUUCAACGAUGUGACAAACUUCAUCCACCUGCUGUGGUCCUGCCCCCUGCAGAUCGCAUUGUCCAUUGUGUUUCUGUGGCAGGAACUCGGACCUUCUGUGUUGGCUGGACUUGCAGUUACGGUGCUCAUGGUUCCAAUUAAUGGACUUCUAGCCACCAAGGCUAGAAAAUUUCAGAUUGAGAAUAUGAAAUUCAAAGACAAGAGACUGAAAAUCAUGAAUGAAGUACUUAAUGGGAUGAAGAUUCUAAAGCUGUAUGCAUGGGAGCCAUCCUUCCAAGCUCAGGUACAAGGCAUUAGAGGCCAAGAGUUGACCGUCAUGAAGAAGUUUGCCUACCUCACAUCUGUCUCCACAUUCAUUUUCAGCUGUGCUCCAGCUCUGGUGUCUUUGGCCACAUUUGCCGUGUUUGUGGGAGUAAAUUCAGAUAAUGUGCUGACUGCUGAAAAAGCAUUCACUUCCAUCUCUCUCUUCAAUAUUCUUCGAUUCCCUCUGGCCAUGCUGCCCAUGCUUAUUGCCGCCAUUGUUCAAACAACAGUGUCAAGAAAGCGUCUUGAGAAGUUUUUAGGAGGUGAAGACCUUGAAAGUGAUAUUGUGCGCCAUGACCCCAACUUUAAUUCAGCUGUUAAUAUCUGCGAUGGAUCAUUUUCAUGGGAAAAAGAGGGCGAGCUCCAUCUUAAAAAUGUUAAUUUGGACAUCAAGCCGGGUCGGCUGGUUGCAGUCGUGGGAGCUGUCGGCUCAGGCAAAUCCUCUCUGAUGUCUGCCAUUCUUGGAGAAAUGCACAGCACAAAAGGCUUCGUCAACAUUAAGGGUUCUCUUGCCUUUGUACCACAGCAAGCUUGGAUCCAAAAUGCCACUCUUCGGGAUAACAUUAUGUUUGGUUCUCCCCUUGAAGAGAAGCGGUUCCAAAAGGUGAUCCAGGCCUGUGCCCUGGCUCCAGACCUGGACCUUCUUCCUGGGGGUGACAUGACUGAGAUUGGGGAAAAAGGCAUCAACCUUUCAGGGGGUCAGAAGCAACGUGUGAGCUUGGCCAGGGCAGCUUACAGUCAGGCUGAUAUUUAUCUGCUGGAUGACCCCUUGUCUGCUGUUGACUCUCAUGUGGGAAAGCACCUUUUUGAAAAAGUCAUUGGACCUAACGGAAUACUCAAAGACAAGACCCGAAUACUGGUGACUCAUGGUGUCAGUUUCCUGCCUCAUGUUGAUGAAAUUGUAGUGCUCGUCGAUGGAGUAGUCUCUGAGGUUGGAUCAUACAACACCCUACGUGCGAGCAAAGGCGCCUUCUCCGAAUUUUUGGAUACAUAUGCCAAAGAGCAUAAUAAUGAUAAUAAAAAUGGCACCAAGUCGGAUUCAGAUUAUGGCCAAAGUGUUACAGAAGAAGGCUUGGUACCGGAGGGAGAUGAUGCCCAACCAGACACCCCGUUAGAAGACGCUGUAACUGUGACUCUGAAAAGGGGAAACAGCAUCCGCCGCAGUCAGCGUAACAGCAGUUUUAGGUCUGCAAGAAAUGGCUCCAUAAGGAAAUCUGAAAAUGCAGAAGAAAUGAACAAAGGCCAAAGGCUAAUUGAAAAGGAAGCUAUGGAAACAGGACAGGUGAAAUUGACAGUCUACCUCCAAUAUCUGCGGUCCAUGGGCUGGGGAUAUGCUGCUGCAGUCUUCCUAGUGUAUUUCAUCCAGAACGUUGCAUUCAUUGGCCAAAAUAUCUGGCUCAGUGACUGGACUAAUGAUGCAGUCGAGUACUACAACAUGACAUACCCUGCAGAGAAGAGGGACACCAGGGUGGGAGUGUUUGGCGCUUUGGGAGUGAUUCAGGGCCUCUUUGUGUUCCUUGGUACACUGCUAUUGGCCAAUGCCUCCGUUGCAGCAUCUCGGAUCUUGCACUCGAGGCUGCUCGACAACAUAUUGCGUGCUCCAAUGCUUUUCUAUGACACUACGCCCAUUGGAAGGGUGGUUAACCGCUUUGCAAAGGAUAUGUUCACAAUAGAUGAAGCCAUCCCACAGUCAUUCCGCUCUUGGAUCCUGUGUCUGCUGGGGGUGCUGGGGACCCUUUUUGUCAUCUGUCUGGCCACUCCCUUCUUCACCAUUGUCAUCAUUCCCCUGGCGGUGGUGUACUUCUUUGUCCAGCGUUUUUAUGUAGCAACAUCAAGGCAGCUCCGACGCCUUGACUCAGUGUCACGCUCUCCCAUAUAUUCCCACUUUGGUGAGACAGUGUCAGGCCUGUCUGUGAUAAGAGCUUACGGCCAUCAAGAAAGGUUCCUUCAGCACAAUGAAACCACCAUGGACGAGAACCUAAAAAGUGUCUACCCUUGGAUAGUAUCAAACAGGUGGCUGGCUAUUCGUUUGGAGUUUGUGGGAAAUCUGGUGGUGUUUUUUGCUGCUCUGCUUGCCGUUAUUUCCAGGGAUAGUCUGGACAGCGGCCUAGUUGGCCUUUCCAUAUCCUACUCUCUUAAUGUAACCCAAACACUGAACUGGCUUGUUCGGAUGACAUCAGAGCUAGAGACCAAUAUUGUUGCCGUGGAGCGAGUGAGUGAAUACAGCAGCAUUGAAAAUGAGGCCAAGUGGGUGACUGAUACCCGACCAGCAAAGACGUGGCCUGAGGCAGGAAGAUUACAGUUUGAAAACUACAAGGUCCGUUAUAGACCCGGGUUGGAUCUAGUACUGCAUGGCAUCUCCUGUGACAUUGGUUCCACUGAGAAGAUUGGUAUUGUGGGCCGCACGGGAGCUGGGAAAUCUAGUCUGACCAACUGUUUGUUCCGAAUCAUCGAAGCUGCUGAGGGUCGCAUUCUCAUAGACGGUGUUGAUAUUUCCAAAAUAGGCCUACAUGACCUAAGAAAUAACCUGACUAUCAUACCUCAGGAUCCAGUGUUGUUUUCUGGAACCUUAAGGAUGAACCUGGAUCCAUUUGACAGAUCCAGUGACGAGGAACUCUGGAGAGUUCUGGAGCUCUCCCAUCUUAAGGACUAUGUAGCAGGGCUGCAGGAGGGAUUGCAGCAUGAGGUGGCAGAAGGAGGCGAGAAUCUAAGUGUUGGACAGAGACAGCUGCUGUGUUUGGCCAGGGCACUGCUCAGGAAGUCCCGCAUAUUAAUCCUGGAUGAGGCUACGGCAGCUGUGGAUCUGGAGACUGACAACCUGAUCCAAACGACAAUCAGGAAAGAGUUUACGCACUGCACCAUUCUCACUAUUGCCCAUCGCCUGCACAGCAUCAUGGACAGCUCAAGGGUGAUGGUGCUCGAUGCCGGUAGGAUUGUGGAAUUUGAUUCGCCGAGUAAUCUGCUUGAAAAACGAGGUCAUUUUUAUGCCAUGGCAAAAGAUGCUGGGAUAACGCAAGCAGAAAUCACAAGUCUAUGAUUAAUUUUUUAAUUAAUAAACAGUAUUCCUGUUGAAGUUAGAUUUUUAGAGGUUGAAUUAUGUCUUGAGGUUAAUGCUUUUGUAUUUAUCAUAAACUUGUCAAUCAUAUUUCACGUGUAAAUAAUAUUGUAUAUACAGAAAACAAAUGUGAAUAAAUGUGUUUUUUCUCG